AUGCCUGUCGUCACUCCAGACAAGCUGGCAAGUCUGCAAAGACAAUCCAGUGAUAUUCGAAAUAUUUGCAUCUUGGCCCACGUUGACCAUGGCAAAACUUCACUUACUGAUGCUCUGCUCGCCACAAAUGGCAUCAUCUCACCAAAGCUGGCGGGAAAGAUCCGAUACCUUGACUCCAGACCUGAUGAGCAGACUCGAGGAAUCACAAUGGAAUCAUCCGCAAUCUCACUUUACUUUGCCAUGCGUCGAAAAGCAUCUGCCGAUGCUGAGCCUGAGGAUAAGGAAUACCUCGUCAACCUGAUUGAUUCACCAGGCCAUAUCGAUUUCAGCUCAGAAGUCUCAACAGCCUCAAGACUUUGUGAUGGCGCCGUUGUGCUUGUUGAUGCCGUCGAAGGAGUUUGCAGUCAAACAGUCACUGUGCUUCGCCAGACAUGGACCGAAAAGCUAAAACCUCUUCUCGUUAUUAACAAGAUCGAUCGACUCGUUACAGAACUCAAGAUGACCCCCGGAGAGGCAUACAUCCAUUUGAACAAGCUCCUGGAACAAGUAAACGCUGUGCUAGGAAGCUUUUUCCAGGGCGAACGUAUGGAAGAGGAUCUUAACUGGAGAGAGAGAAUGGAGGAGCGAGUCAACGCAGCGACAGCAGCCAAGGAAUCGGCAAUUGCCGACCAGGUCAGCGAUUCAGGAGAAAUUCACUUCGAGGAGAGAGACGAUGAGGAUAUUUACUUUGCUCCCGAGAAGAACAACGUCAUUUUCAGCAGCGCCAUCGACGGCUGGGCCUUUACCUGCAGACAAUUCGCCGCCAUGUACGAGAAGAAGCUAGGCAUCAAGCGUGGAAUCAUGGAAAAGGUUCUGUGGGGCAACUUCUACUUGGACCCCAAGACGAAAAAGAUCUUGGGCCCCAAGCAUCUGAAAGGGAGGAACCUGAAGCCUAUGUUCGUACAAUUGGUCCUUGAACCAGUAUGGACUGUUUACCAAGCAACAGUAGGAGGCGACAAUGGCCAAGGAGACAGAGAGUUGCUGGAAAAGGUCACCAAGUCUCUCGGCAUCAAGAUCACUCCUCAUAUGCUCAAGUCUCGCGAUCAGAAGCUUCUUAUGAACACUGUCUUCGCAGGCUGGCUUCCUCUGUCAACAGCACUUCUGGUUUCCGUCAUUGAGUCACUUCCAUCUCCUCCAGCUGCUCAGGCUGCGCGACUUCCUGAAAUGCUGGAAGAAUCGCCCGGAGCUGAUCACAUCGACCAGACUAUCAAAGACUCUAUGAUUUCAUUCAAGCACGAAAAGUCUGACCCCGUCGUUGCCUACGUCAGUAAAAUGGUGUCCAUUCCCGAGAGCGAACUUCCUGAGAACAAGCGACGUGCUGGGGCUCAGAUGAGCGGCGAAGAGGCUCGAGAGCUUGCACGCAAGAAAAGAGCCGAGGCAGCUAGAGCUCAGGCCGCUGCUGGUGAAAACGGUGUUGAGAGCAUGGUGACUUCGAUGGAUGCCAUUAACCUCGAUGACUAUGCGCCAGAGCUGGAAGAGAAGAAGGUCGACCCUGAGCACCUCAUCGGAUUUGCUCGUAUUUACUCAGGAACUCUGUCCGUUGGCGAUAAGAUCUACGUCAUCCCUCCCAAGUGGUCACCCGCUGAGCCAGAUGCCGAACCCGCGCCUCAAGAAGUUACUGUCACUGCGCUUUACAUGCUUAUGGGACGAAACCUCGAGGCACUGGAAUCAGUUCCUGCUGGCUGCGUCUUUGGCAUCGGUGGUCUGGAGGGCAAGAUCCUGAAGUCUGGAACAUUAUGCAGUCGUCGUGAAGGCGCUGUCAACCUUGCAGGUGUUACCAUGCUGGGCAAGCCUAUCGUUCGUGUUGCGCUGGAGCCCGUGAACCCUGCCGAUCUUGACAAGAUGAUUCAAGGUCUGAAGCUCCUCGUGCAGAGUGACCCUUGUGCCGAGUAUGAGCUCCUGUCCAGCGGCGAGCAUGUGUUGUUGACUGCUGGUGAACUGCAUCUUGAACGGUGCUUGACUGAUCUGAAGGAGCGAUUCGCUCUCUGUGACAUUCAGCCAGGUGCUCCAAUCGUUCCCUACCGGGAGACAAUUAUCCGAGCUGAAGAGAUGCGACCUCCAGUGAACAAGGAGCUAGGACGUGGCGCAGUUGUUGCCACAACCAGCUCCAAGCAAGUCACCUUCACCAUUCGUGUACUACCAAUCCCUGAUAAGGUCACUGAUUUCUUGGUGAAGAAUGGUGAUGCAGUCAAGAAAGUCUACGACCGCAAGGCGGGAACAGGGGAGGAAGGCGAAGAAAUUGUUGCCGAAGCUGAUGUUGCAGCAGGCAAUACCCUGUCUGUGGAGGACUUCAAAAAGCAACUUAAGGAGAAGCUAGAGGAAGGCAAGGGCAAGGAGGUAUGGAAGGACUGCAUUGACAAAAUUGUGGCUUUCGGACCCCGACGAACCGGCCCCAAUCUGCUUAUCGAUUCUACUGCGGAUGGUAUCUUUGCAAGGGCUUUUGCUCCCGAGAAGGCUGUCGAGACUGCUCCUCGCGCGGAUGAAUCUCUUCACCCCAGUCACCUGACUGACAAGAUCUCCUACGCCUUCCAGCUUGCUUCGGCUCAAGGUCCUCUUUGCAAUGAGCCUAUUCAAGGCGUUGCUGUUUUUGUCGAGGAUGUUACUCUCAACCUCGCCGAAGACGAUUCCUCAGCUCGUGAUAAGCUCGGACGUCUGACGGGUGAACUCAUCAGAACUUUCCAAUCCUCCCUUCGCGCGGGAUUCCUGGAUUGGUCUCCCCGUCUUAUGCUUGCUAUUUACAGUGUCGAGAUCCAAGCAUCCACCGAGGUCCUCGGUCGUGUAUAUGACGUUCUGACUCGCCGUCGCGGCCGCGUCAACGCCGAGCUGAUGAAAGAGGGCACGCCAUUCUUUACAAUCCAAGCCCUGGUCCCUGUGGCAGAAAGUUUUGGGUUUGCGGACGAGAUGCGCAAGCGUACCAGUGGCGCAGCCCAGCCGCAGCUUAUUUUUGCGGGAUUCGAGAUCCUAAACGAAGAUCCAUUCUGGGUCCCCUUCACGGAAGACGAUCUGGAGGACCUUGGCGAAUUUGGUGACAAGGAGAACGUGGCGAAGCGUUACAUGGAUGGUGUAAGGAGGAAGAAGGGGUUGCUUGUCGAGGGAAGAAAUGUGGCUACGGAUGCAGAGAAGCAAAAGACGCUGAAGAGGUAG